AUGAAUAAUGUGCUAACAAAUGUAUUGCUUGAGCAACAUAAUUUGGGAAAUCAUCCUCCUAAUGGAUGGAAAUCUAUUGCAUAUGCUGUUGCGGUUAGUGCAUUACACAAUCAAUGUAAUAUUAAUGUUAGUAGGGAAAAUAUACAAUCGCGACUUAAGAUUUGGGAUAAACAUUAUGUUGUUAUAAGUGCUAUGCUUGGUACGAGUGGAUUUGGAUGGGAUGAGGAUAGAAAAGUGGUGAAAGUGGAUAGUGAAGAAGUUUGGACAACUUAUGUUAAGGAAGAUUUGUCAAUUAUUUGUGGACAAGAUAAAGCUAAUGGAAGUGGAGCUGAAACGACUGAUGAAGGCGCAAGAGCUAUGUUUGAAGAUAUAGAGAGUUGUUCAAAAUUAAGUAAAAAAUCAACUAGUGUAGAACGACCUUCUAAAAGAACUCGUCAUAAUGAUAUGGCCACUGCAAUAUCCAAGAUGACUGACGUGAUUGGUAAGGCAUACAAUGUUGAAAAGAGAAGUGCUCAACAAGUUUUUGAUGAACUAUCAAAAAUUUCAGACUUAGAGGAGACACAAUUUCUACAAGCUGUUGAUGUACCCAUAACAAACGAGAGGAAGUACGAAGUGUUUCUAACAAUCCCUGAGCGUAUGAAGCGUUCAUGGAUUUUGUUACAAAUAAAGAAGUGA